AUGAACUGGUUCAUUAAUGAAGUCAUGGAAGCCAAGGGUGGUUUGGUAUGGGUCCAGUUUUGGGAGAAGCUCAUUGGAAAGUGCUGCAAGAUGCAUCACCAGUACUAUCAGUAUAUUGGAUCCAAGAAGGCCAGAAACACUUGGUGGAGAAGGGUUUUGGUGGCCUGGGUUCUUUGUUCUGUGUUUGGUUCUUUGUGGAUCUUCCAUUACAUGAGCUCUCAAGCUACAGAGAAGAGGAAAGAGGGGUUGGGAAGCAUGUGUGAUGAGCGGGCUAGGAUGCUUCAAGAUCAGUUCAAUGUCAGUAUGAACCAUAUCCAAGCAAUGUCCAUACUCAUCUCCACCUUCCAUCAUGCCAAGAACCCUUCUGCUAUAGAUCAGAGGACAUUUGCGAGGUACACGGAACGAACUGCGUUCGAGAGGCCUCUUACCAGUGGUGUGGCGUAUGCGGUAAGGGUGCUCCAUUCGGAACGAGAGCGUUUCGAGAAGCAGCAGGGGUGGACAAUUAAAAGGAUGGAUAAAAUUGAACAAAGUCCGGUUCAUGAAGAUGACUAUGCUCCAGAAGACCUGGAGCCAUCGGCGACCCAAGACGAAUAUGCUCCCGUUAUCUUCGCACAGGAUACGAUUUCUCAUGUCGUUUCUCUUGAUAUGCUGUCGGGAAAGGAAGACAGGAAGAACGUUUUACGAGCUAGAGCAUCGGGAAAGGGAGUGUUAACAGCUCCAUUCAAAUUGAUCAAAACAAAUCGCCUGGGAGUCAUACUUACGUUUGCUGUGUACAAGAGAGAUCUUCCCUCGAAUGCCACUCCAAACGAGAGGAUUCAAGCUACAGAUGGAUAUCUUGGGGGAGUUUUUGAUAUCGAGUCGCUCGUGGAGAAGCUACUUCAACAGCUUGCAAGCAACCAAACCAUCCUAGUGAAUGUUUAUGAUACUACGAACCAAUCACACCCGAUCAGUAUGUACGGUAAAGACGUAUCAGAAGACGGGUUGCAGCAUGUUAGCCCGCUUAACUUUGGUGAUCCAGAUAGGAAGCACGAGAUGCGAUGCAGAUUCAAACAAAAACAACCAUGGCCAUGGUUAGCAAUAUCAACUUCAAUUGGCAUACUCAUUAUUGCAUUGCUUUUGGGGUAUAUAUUUCACGCAACCUUGAACCGUAUCACGAAAGUGGAGGACGAUUAUCACGAGAUGAUGGAACUCAAGAAACGGGCAGAAGCUGCUGAUGUUGCGAAAUCUCAGUUCCUUGCAACCGUGUCUCAUGAGAUCAGAUCCCCAAUGAACGGCGUUCUAGGGAUGUUGGAUUUGCUUAUGGACACAGGCUUGGAUUUCACCCAACAAGAUUUUGUUAGAAGUGUACAAGAUAGUGGAAAAGCUUUGGUGUCAUUGGUAAAUGAGGUUUUGGAUCAAGCAAAGAUUGAAUCUGGAAAGCUUGAGCUUGAAGCCAUUCCAUUCAAUCUGCAAGCAAUUUUGGAUGAUAUUUUGUCACUUUUUUCUGGGAAAUCUCAAGAAAAAGGAUUGGAGCUCGCAGUUUACAUCUCGGACAGCGUCCCCGAGAUGCUUGUCGGUGAUCCGGGAAGGUUUAGGCAAAUCAUCACGAAUCUCGUGGGGAACUCGAUCAAGUUCACAGAGCAAGGACAUAUAUUUAUCACAGUUAAUGUCGUUGAGGAGGUUCUUGAGUCGAUUGAUCUCGAGAUCGAGUCAUCAACGAAUAGCACGUUGAGUGGCUAUCCGGUUGCCAAUAGGCGUCUCAGCUGGGCUGGAUUUCAAACAUUGAGUCAAGACGGACCGACGGCUUGUCAUUUCCCGCCAUUGUCACCAGACCAUAUUAACCUCAUGGUAUCCGUGGAAGAUACAGGCGUUGGCAUUCCCCUAGAAGCGCAAUCACAUGUUUUCACUCCCUUCAUGCAGGUUCGACCGUCGACAUCUAGAACGCACGGAGGAACGGGUAUCGGGCUGAGUAUUAGCAAAUGUUUGGUUGGUCUGAUGAAGGGGGAGAUUGGUUUUGCAAGUGUACCUACGAUUGGCUCGACCUUCACAUUUACUGCGGUUUUCUCGAACGAGCCAAGUGAGUAUGACAAAUCCCAGCAAAUUAAGAACACUUCCAUCUCAGCGUCCUCGGCAUUUAAGGGCAUGAGGGCAUUAGUCGUGGACCAUCGACCGAUUCGAGCCAAAGUAUCGAGAUAUCAUAUUCAACGUCUUGGAAUAAACGUCGAGUUAUUACCUGACUUGAACCAAUGUGUGCAUACCACCAUGAUUGGUGGUUCAGCUAUCAAUAUGAUCUUUGUUGAGCAAGAUCUUUGGGAUAAGGAUAUGAGCAUAUCAGAUGUUCUUAUCCACAACUUGAGAAAUUCAAAUGGGGUUCCUCCCAAACUGUUUCUUCUUACUAACUCCAGCGAUAUAAUUUCUGAUGUACUAACUCCCAUACUCAUCUUAAAGCCCUUGAGGGCAGGCAUGCUCGCUGCCUCUCUACACCGGUUCAUGGGCGUCGGAAUUAAUCGCAACGGAGAGCUUCCUGUACACUCUCUCCAUCAUCUACUUCUCGGUCGGAAAAUUCUUAUCAUAGAUGACAAUAAGGUUAACCGUAUCGUUGCUGCUGGUGCUCUAAAACGGUAUGGAGCUGAUGUCGUAUGCAAAAACAGUGGAAUAGAUGCCAUCCGAUUGCUUACGCCACCCCAUCGAUUCGAUGCUUGUUUCAUGGAUAUUCAGAUGCCAGAAAUGGAUGGCUUUGAAGCUACACGAAGAAUUCGGGAAAUCGAAUGUCGUAUCAACGACAGUAUCGAAGUUGGAGAACAAUCAAAAGAAGCAUACGAAAAUAAAUGUAAUUGGCACGUACCCAUCUUCGCCAUGACUGCAGACGUAAUCCAGGCGACACAUGAGAAAUGUCUUCGGUGUGGGAUGGAUGGAUACGUUACGAAGCCAUUUGAAAUCGAUCGACUUUACCGAGAGGUUUCUCAGUUUUUCCACAGUACCUCAAAUGGAACUUUAUAGACAGAAAUCAUAUACUCCGGGUCUGUAGACGACACUGGCCCGCUCGGUCAGGCCGUACAGCAUAAGGGUGUACAUUACCUCCAAUCGAAGAUGAUAGACUUACGCUUAAUAUGAUGAUGCCAGGCAAGCCUAAGUUUUGUUGUAUAGUGUAAAUAGUAGACAGACAUAAGGUUGAUGGAGUUUUCAUCUCCGGACAAGUCGUUUUUCUAUGUCCCUCUGCUACGACCUGAAUUUGAUUUUGACGGCCGGCAUAGAUCGACCCGCCCACUAUUACAACGAAAAAAACCCUGCCCUUUUCCUUCGCUACUAGGAGAGUGCUACUUCUAUCAGCGCCGGAGCUUGAGUUGAAUUGAUCGUGUGUCAUGUGCAACGUCCAUUGAUUUAGACUCCUUCCCCCUUCCUAACUACGAAUAAGAUCGAGAAGAGCCCGAACCAAACCAAGAACGAAAACGAUUGUUCAGUACAAGUUACCAUAUCGGUCACUGAGGUUGUGAUGAUUUACAAGUUGCAGAUCAUGAGAGGGCCCUGAAAGGCAGUGUAGAUAUGAAUUUAGAUGGAAGAAUGUUGUGUGGCGACUGGAAGGGAAGCGGUUUGUAUAUUAAGAACAUGUUUGAUUCUCAUGUUUGGUUCAAGUGAAAAUCGGCCAAAACCUUAAUAAGAUUUGAAAAAAUUGAUCA